CAGCGUGCGACGUCAGCAUUGCGUCAUGACGUUGUUGCUGGCGGUAUUUUUGUUUGGCAUACACAGAGUUUAGUGCCAAAUUCGGGUGUAGCGUUCAGUUAAAAGAAAAUCCAUAGAUGACUCCAGCACCAUCAAAGCAGAGAGAAAUGGAGCAGGAAGCCCAGUCCUCUAAGUCUUCGGAGGCUGCUGCUAAAGCAGUGUUGUUAGAGGAGUGCGAGGAGCAGUUUGGUCUGCUACAGAAGCUUCAAAAUGAGAUCAUUCUGACAGAUACAGAGGCUAAUGAUGAUCAAUCAAAUGAGGCAGUGAAUCGCCUGAUUGCAGUCACAUCUGAGCUAGAGCAAUGGCAAGAAAUGGAGCCAAAAUUGCUGCCAACAAGUCCUGAAGUCUUAUUAGCGGUUGGUAAAGAAGAAUUGCAAAGACUCAACAAUCAACUUAAAAUGGUCCUAUCAUGCUCACAAGCAAAGCUGGAUGCCCAGAUAAAGAUUCUGAAAAGGGAGCAGACAUGGCAAGCAGAGAAGAAAGAAGCCUUGAAUGCAGUGUGUGAGAAAAUCACCAGAUUGCAACGUGAAAAUGAGAAAUCAGAGCACAGCGUUUUGCAAGAUAUGAAGAGAAAAAUUAACAAUCUGAAGGACUAUCACAGCAGUCUCAUGGAAAUGCUGAGCGACAUGUUAGCUGAGCACUUCCCACUUCCUGAUCCCCAUGGAAACGGCACAAAGAAAAAAAGAGCUGCUGCAUAUGAUGCAGAGAUAAACCUGAUUUCACUGAGUGAGAUUAUCGAGAGAUUGACCAAUAAAACAUUAGAAACUCCUCAUGACCCUUAUGUGAUUACUGAUGACACUUUCUGGCCACCAUACACAGAAAUGCUUCUUCGCAACGGUAUUGCAACACGACAUCCAGAAGAUUGCAAUAAAAUCCGUCUGGAAAAUUUUUUUGGAAUCUAA